AUGGUCAACCAAGGUCUCAUCCGCCAGAUCGUACAGGUCCUCCUCAAGGUCUUUUGCGGAGGGGACCAAAAACAACAUAACCAACAUCAGCAACAGCAAGGGCAAGGCGGUUUCGGCGGUCAAUAUCCCGGCCAACAACAGCAACAGCAGCAACAACAACAGUACCCACCUCAGCAAGCACCAUAUCAUGGCGGUCAGCAGCAAGGGGGGUCUUGGGCCCAAGCGGCGGGUGGGCAGCCCGGUGGUCAGCACAAGCCAAAUAAGCACAGUAACCAGCAACAACAGCACGGAGGGCAACAGCCGUUCUUUGGGAACCAGCAGCAGCAGCACAGGCCGCAAGGGCUGCCAGCGGGCGGUAUCUUGGGCCCAUAUCAUCCGGGGAAGCAGGACGAUAACCAAAUCAACCAGGCGAACGAGCAUUAUAUGCAGCUCCGAGCGCAGGCACGGCACGAAGGGGACGAAUCGCACCGAUGCUUCGCUGCCAGUCAACAGGCUUAUCAAUCUGGAAAUGGUGCCAAGGCCCACGACCUCAGCGCGGAAGGCAAGCAGCAUGCUGCUCGUCAAGAUCAGCUAGACGAUGAAGCCUCGUCAUGGAUUUUCAUCGAGAACAACCGAGACUCACCGCCCGGAACUCUGGAUCUGCACGGUCUCUACGUCAAAGAAGCCAUCGAGCGGACCGAGAGUGCCAUUCGGGAAGCACAGGGUCGAGGGGACACCGAGAUGCAGAUCAUCGUCGGUAAGGGCUUGCACAGCCAGGGACACGUUGCAAAGAUCAAGCCGGCUGUCGAGGACUUGAUGAGGAGAUACAAUCUCGCAGCCCACAUCGACUCGCACAACACGGGUGUCCUUGUCGUUGACCUUCGCGGCGGAACCCAGGGAGGCCGCUCGAGAGACGCCGGCGGUCUGGUCGACCAGAUGCAGAAGGACGAAGGGGAGGGGUGCAUCAUCAUGUGA